AUGGUUGCACUUCGACGCCCAAACGGAACAGUUACAGCGUCUAGAAGGGCAAUGGAGAAAAUCAUUCACGAAUACUACUCAGAUCUCUUCGAUAGCCACAUCCACCUUCCGUCACAUGAAAUAGAGGACGAUGGAUACAUUGUACCACCGGUUCUCCCUUCCGAAAUCCGACAUACCAUUUACUCGGUGAAAAAUAGAACAGCACCAGGACCGAACAGGAUAAGACCAGAACCCCUGAAGAACCUUCCGCCAGUGCUCGUAAACACAUUGGCUCGGCUCUUCACACGUUACCUGUCUGAAUCCAAGGUCCCUACUCAGUGGAAGAUCAGCAAGACUGUGUUAUUGUUCAAGAAGAGUGACCUACACGAUAUCGGCAACUAUCGCCCAAUCUGCUAG